CGGAAGAGGAAACAACCCGCCUUCCUCUUGCCUUAAUUGUGACAGGAGAAAAAUGGAGGAGAAAAGCAAGCUGACACCUGCACUGGGAAUGGUCUCUCCCACUAUUCUGCAAGCCUCCCCUGAAUGAGUCAUCCAGCCCGCUCCUCAUUGGACAGGACCAUGCCGUCCCCAGGGAUUGCCUUGCAGCAGCAGCAGCAGCAGCAGCAGCAGCAGCAGCAGCAGCAGCAGCAGCGGCAGAGCGGCCUUGCUUCCAUUCACAGAAACAUUGGUAUGCCAGCCCGCUAUUUCAUUCACACCCAGGACUAAAUAUUGCAUGCCUUUUGGCCCCCGCCCCCUUCUCUUUCCUCUUUGUUUUCUUGCUGUUAAAUUAGCAGCAGGGGAGUAGCCUAUUUUUUUGUAUCUGACGAGGAGAAGGUAAACAAAAACAGUUUUCUUUUUUUCCCCCUCCUUUCUAUAUUUGCCAAGCAGAAAAAAAAAAUGUUGGGAGGGAGACUGCAGUGCGAAAUCCGCAGCGGUGUGAGCGAGAGCGGAAGCUGCUUAUGAAUGAGCGUCAGUCGCUCUUGUUGCUGGACUAGAUGCUGCUGAGGACAUUUUUUACAUGAAUGGUGUGUGUGUGUGCGUUCUUCCUGCUACCACGGCGACCAGAGAUGCUUCAUCAACAUCAUCGCUGCCGCUGCUCUUGAGGAGACUCGUAGGCUUCUUUUCUCGUUCCUUUUUCUUCAUUGACUCAUCCUUCUGAGAAAGAUGCCGGGUUUAUUCAGGUGGACCUGCUGCAGCUGCGUAUUUUAGGCAUCUUUAUUGUUGGGGGAUUCUAUUCAUCUACACACUUUAUGAUGACUAAUUAAUGCACUUUGCUAUUUCUAGUCAGGCUAAAGUGGAAUGAUCUUGUUUCACUGCAACCUCUGAGGGGAAAUGUUCAGUUCAAUUAAGUUUUUGUAUUUAUUAUACACAUUUUCAUGAUAUAUUGCACAAAUUAUUCACUAUUAUAGCUUAAUUCCACCUAAGCUACCUCUCAUUUUUUCUUCCUCAAUAAUAACAGCGCAUCAAAUUUUACUAACUGAUUGCUACGAAAGUGCUCUGGGAGUUUUUUUUUUCUCCCUCCCCCUUCCUCCUCCUGCUCUCUCCCUCCAACAGGAAGUGAUUUGCAGUGUUCAGCAAGCCUUUUGUUGAGAAGGUUUUCUCACGUCAGUGAGUCAUGCUCCUGCUCUGAGCCGGCAGCAGCAGCAGCAGACGGACAUUCAUAGUGUUUGCUCCUCUCGACAUACAUUCCUUUUUUGGAGGCUAAAAAUCAUCAUCGUUAUAAUCAUAAGCAGCAGCAGCAUCACCGCUGGAAGCCACAACAGCAGCCUUCUAGCUCUCCAUCCUCCUUGUUUCCAUGGAUUUCCUCUUUAUUUUUCUCCGUGGCCAACUGCAUUGAGGCUUUGGAUUUUUAUCAAUCGGAAUCUGGCGGUGGCUCGACCGCCGUAACCUCUAAUCGAGAGAGAUCUCUGGCCUGUGAGUGCUACAAGGCGUUUGCCGCCACCGCAUCAACCACAACCUCCGCCGCUGCCAUGUUACAGGAGAAGGUAAUCAUCUCGGCGCAGCCACGUCUGCCAGCGCACUCGUGAAAGAGGCGUGUGCGGUGUGUGUCGCGGAGAGCAGAGGGAACGAGGGUAUGCUUCACCGUACCAAAUACAACCGCUUCAGGAAUGAAUCGGUGACGUCCGUUGAUGAUCUCGUCCACGGCCUGUCCAUGAACCCCAAGGUCUCGGGCGCCCCGCGGUCCACCACCGAGACUUCCUUCACUCCCCCGACUGAGGUCCAGCCCUCAUCCGCCUCCAAUGCCCCCGGCGCCCCCACCGGCCACGGCUCCGGCCACCCGGACGAUGGAGGUACCCACCUGUGCACCCUCAUCAACAAGGUGUCCAGCUUGAAGUUCACCAACUCAGGGAGUCUGCUGGGCAUUAAGGGUCUGCCUUCAGCUGUCAAGGACCUGGCGGUGGCCAAGCUCCCAGGGGGCGGGGGUUCGAGUUGCUCCAGCGGGGCGACAACUGCGGCGGCCUCCGGCUCUCUGUGCGGCUCGACACCCCCCUGCUCGCAGCUGGAGCCUUCCGCCAGCAUGAGCAAGAAGAGCAGGCUGGACGAGCGUCAUCACAGUGGGGAGGACUGGGUUCCCGGUGGAGGAACGCUGAGCAAAGCCUUCAGAGGGUGGCUCCACUCCAGUGACAAGAUCUCUGGUCCAGGGGUGACUUACAUAGUCAAGUAUCUGGGUUGCAUUGAAGUGCUGCGAUCGAUGAGAUCUUUGGAUUUCGCCACACGUUCCCAAAUAACAAGGGAGGCCAUCAGCUUGGUUUGUGAGGCUGUUCCAGGGACCAAAGGAGCUCUGCGAAAGCGGAAGCCGCCCUCUAAAGCGCUGUCCAGCAUCCUGGGGAAGAGCAAUCUGCAGUUUGCUGGCAUGUCCAUCAACCUGAACAUCUCCACCAGUAGUCUCAACCUGAUGACCCCAGACUGCAAACAGAUUAUAGCCAACCAUCACAUGCAGUCCAUCUCUUUUGCAUCAGGUGGAGACCCUGACACAACUGACUUUGUCGCCUAUGUGGCAAAGGACCCUGUUAACCGAAGAGCGUGCCACAUCCUGGAGUGCUCAGACGGGCUGGCCCAGGAUGUCAUUAGCACCAUCGGCCAGGCUUUUGACCUACGCUUCCAGCAGUACCUGCAGUGCCCGUCCAGCAAGCCAUCCUCCACGCACGACAGGGUGUUCAACGUGGAGGAGUUACCAUGGACGGAGGAGGAGGAGGAGUCAGCAGAGCAUCCUUACUACAACAACAUCCCCGGGAAGAUGCCGCCUCCCGGAGGGUUCAUCGACACCCGGCUGACUAAUCAGAGCACACCGUCAGACGGGAGCCAGGCACAGACGGGCAUAAGCUCUGUGGAUCAGAACUAUUACCAAGGCCGCCACUGCGGAGACAACUGGCCCGAGGAGAAGAGGUCUGUCUUUGUACAACAAGGAUCCUUGGACAUAAACAGCGAGAGCAAAAGUCUGGCGCCGAAACCAGGAGAGAUGCCCACAUACAUGAACACCCAGCAGAUCGACGCCCAGGUGCAGGCGGCACUCCAGGCGGAGUCGGAGCAGGUGACCAAGGGCGUGGCGGCCGCUGCUAGAGAGGUUGCGCAAACAGACUUAUUUGACAUGAAGCCCUUUGAGGACGCCAUCCAGUCCCAAGCCCCGUCGCAGGUGUCCGCUCUCCACAAAGCGGCGUCGGUGGACAACUCCAGCCCACUCCUGGCUCGCUCCAUAGCUUUCCGAGCGCAGGAGGAGCUGGAGGGCCAGCCGUGGUACCGCGGCCAAAUGAGCCGCCGCGACGCCGAAAAACUGCUGAGAGACGACGGCGACUUCCUGGUGCGCAAAAGCACCACCAACCCGGGCUCAUACGUGCUGACCGGCAUGCACAAUGGACUUGCCAAACACCUCCUGCUGGUGGACCCUGAGGGCACGGUGCGGACAAAAGAUCACGUGUUUGACAGCAUCAGCCACCUUAUUGGCCAUCAUCGUGAAAACAACCUGCCAAUCAUGUCAGCUGGGAGCGAACUGUGCCUCUUGCAGCCUGUGGUAUGGAAACAGUGACGCUCGCAAUGCCUGAUGGGAAACGGCAGGAACUGUCCCUCCAACCGUCUCACAAACUCAAAGGAAACGCUUGAGGGAAGCUGCUAAAAAAUAAGUUGCUUGGAUUUGUCUAAGGAAAAACAAAUAUUUAUUAUAGAACUGUUAUUUUGUUGUGAUGACUGAAAUGCUAUAUUUUUGAGAAGACAUAGGAUACACAAUAUCUUGAUUUGGUGUUCAAAAAGAUGACAUAAACAAAACACAUUCUUGUAGUUUAGACAAAACCUCAGAGAGGCGAGAGUAUUUUAGACGACGAAUUCAACUUUAUUGUCUGUCAAGCACAACCACAUUUCUACUGAAACUAUUCAAGCCCGCCCCCCAAACACAAAUAACAUUUAUAUAGAAGGAAAAAUGCCCCAAGUGGACUUUUUUGCUUUUGCUGGUGUUACUUAGCAAAGUGAUGGAUUGCAAACACAUCCUUCAUUGUGCUGUCAGUGGUUUUAAAGAACAACUCUUGUUUUGAAAGUACUUCCCUGCUUUACCAAGGGGUAUUAGGGCCAGACUAGAAAGGAACAAAAUCAUUAAAUUACGUGAGAACAGAAAAGUCAUGAGAAUGAAGAUGUGACAUUAAGAAAACGUUGAAAUGUUACGUACCAAAUGGAUAUUAGUAGUCUUCCAAAAUUAAGACUUCUCUUAAUAUUCCGCAUUUUUUUGUCGAAAAUUACAAAUCUAUUUUACAAAAAAAAAACUUUUUGGAACGUUAUGAUCAUUAUAUGACUUGAAAGCGAUAAAAUUAAGAAAAAUAAUCCUGUUACUUCUUAUGACUUUUUUCUCACACAUUAGGAUAUUUUGAUCCUGUAAAAACUACUAAACUACUACAACUACAGUAUAGUUAUGACUUUAUUCUGAAGAAAUUAACAUUUAGUCUCUUUUUAUCCUACUAUAAAUACAGUAUAAUUGUGUAUUUAUUCAAAUACAAUUAAG